AUGCUGGAAAACCUGGUCAAAGAGGCGAGAGCUCGUGGUCAUCCAGCAGUAAGUGCGGAUCUGAUGACUUUGGGCAUUCAAAAUCUGGACCGGAUGGGUUUAGCGGAUGGGGCACGAACAUUCUCAGCAGCAACAACGUCAACAAAGGCACGUCCUGUUCCUUGGGUCAAACGUAAUUGUAUAGAUUGGAAAUGGAAAUUUCAAUUAGAACCGCUAAAUAGGAAGUUUGCAAAGGAAUUCAUAAGAGUAGCACCAAAACGUUACUGGAAACCACGAUGCGAGCUGGGAAAGGCAGCGCAGGAUAGCCUUAAUCAUCGAGACACACAACCACCUGCGCGGAUAGCUUCCGGAUUCCGAACCUGUUUGCGGAGCGUUUCAAGAGCAAUCUCUCAGAGGUAG